CUCCAUGGUCAACGCACAUAGUGGAUCCAUACUCCACUCAAUUAGACUGUCUUUAUCUGUUGUUCCUACCGACGAGGAUAUCCUGCUUUCUUGGUCGUUUGGUCAUAGUUCCAUCAGAGUUCAUUCUAACGUCUAUGCCUCAGAAGCUCGAACCUUUUGUCCACAUUUGGGUCUAGUUCCCGUGCUCCACAAGAACCAUUUGAUACACACGUCCCACAUCAGAACCAACUUCGUAUGAUAUCACCUCAGCACGUCGUCAGGGACAGUCCCUCACCUCAAAGCUCACGUUCUCCGACACUAUCUUCGCCUACCAGCCCGCCGCAUGCUAAUCGACGCCGGCGCCAUAAAUCUGACCCGCCAACUAAUAGAACGGAUCCAAUUAUCGGCCAAGUAACCCUGUCAGGCAAAUUCAAGUGUCUUAAGGAAACCUGUCUUAAUAAUGGGGAAGACAUGACAUUCAACCGACAUGCUGACUUCAAACGUCACUACGACAACACGCAUGCAGGUCGCUGUGUUGAAUACUUUUGUCAAGAGCCUGGGUGUCCACGCUCAAGAAAUCCAGAAGGGGGCAAGAAGGGACGAGGUUUCAAAGGGAGGAAGGACAAACGAAAUGAGCACUAUAAAGCAGUGCAUCAAAAAGAGAGCAAGAAGCGAAAGCAUGUGUAUGAGAGUGAUGAAUAUGCUGAAGGACGGGGUUAUGAGGACAACACAGGAGCCAGACCAUUGAAGGUAAGGCAAAGGAGCGACACAUCGUAAAGUUGUAUUACCGUUCAUCUAUACUUCGUUUUGGUUGGUUUGGAUGGCUACACCUUCUUAUACCGCUUGUUGAAGUGUUGUGAAGGGGUUGAGUGUCUGGGAUCGUACUACUGUUGUUUUGUACCUGGGCUCAUGGCUUG